CCUCAGCGCGCGGUCCCCGGCUCGGCGGCGUCGCCACUCCUGCGCAGGAUGCUGCUGCUGCCGGCGCUCCUGGUCCUCGCCGCCGCCCGGCCCUGGGCCCGCGCAGGGUCACACUGGUGCUACCAGAAUCAAGUCAAGCCCUCCAACUACACCUGCUUGGGGCCGGACCAGUGGGACGGCAGCUGCCAGAAUGACCGCCAGUCCCCCAUCAACAUCGCCACUGCCAAGACACUGCUGGACCCAAACCUGGGACCCUUCUCCUUCUCCGGCUACGACAAGAAACAAAAGUGGGCCGUGCAAAACAAUGGCCACUCAGUGAUGGUGUUGCUGGGGGACAAGGCCUCGAUUGCUGGAGGAGGACUGGCCGCCCGGUACCGGGCCAAGCAGCUGCACCUACACUGGUCCAAGGUGCCGGACUGGGGCUCGGAGCACAGCUUCGACGGGGAGCGCUUUGCCAUGGAGAUGCACGUGGUACAUGAGAAAGAAAAGGGGACAUCGAGGAACACGAACAAGAACCAGGACCCCAAAGAUGAGACCGCAGUGCUCGCCUUCAUGGUGGAGGUGGGGCUGCCAUCCCUCAGGGUUCGAGGGGCUGCUUCUUAGGAUCCAGAGACCGGGAUCCCAGCAAGGCAGGAGGGGGCUGGAGAAGCUCCAACUUCCCCU